GCAGGCGCACAAACCCACGCAGCGCGCGGACUGAAGGACUGACUGCAUCACCGCCGCUCUUCUGCCCAAUCCAGCCUUCUUCCUUCAUCUUCAUACUCUUCAUCCAGCAUGAGUGAGAGACAAGAAUCCGGAUCCGCUGGAAGCAUCAAACCCUCAGGUGGACAAGACCCAUCCAAGAAGGACGUCCCGGCUGAGGACUUCGACAUCGACAUGGGGGCCCCAGAGACUGAGAAAGCUGCCGUGGCCAUCCAGUCGCAGUUCAGAAAGUUCCAGAAGAAGAAGCAGACGGUGAAAUCAUAACCGCGUUUAUCUGCGGCCCCACAUUUAGGGCAGGGGGAUGCAUGUCAGAAAAUGGCUCUGUUCACGGGGCGGGGAAUAAAAUAAUAAAACAUGAAAUUCCGGUUCCCCACAGCACCAAAUUUUUUUCACUAUAAUACUUUUCCCCUUCUGAAAUAGCCUACUUUUGUUAUUUUUUUAAUAAGUGUGUCUCAUUGACGUCAAUGGUGUUUAAAAAAAAAACAUCCACCUAAAAGUGUGAUUGUAUUAUUGUAUUUAUUGACAGUGUGGCUCAAGGAAAACAUCAUGCUUGACAUUAAGAUUCAAAUGGACUUAUUAAUCUUUCUGUUGUGUGUUAUUUUUGUCUGUAUAGAUGAACUGAUGUUGUGUUUGUGGUUUAUCACCAUCAUUCUGCCUAUGUCAAUGUGUUUGUCGGUGUAUUAUAAUAUUCCUGAUUCCCACCAAUCUGUUGGAAAUAAUCAUGUGAGCUAAAUAAAUAUUGGGAAGACCUCAA